AUGUCUGUCUGUCUGUCUAUCUAUCUAUCUAUCUAUCUAUCUAUCUAUCAUUAUCAAAUAGGAGGUAUUUCGGAUCGUUUCUCUUAUCUAUCUAUCUAUCUAUCUAUCUAUCUAUCUAUCUAUCUAUCUAUCUAUAAUUUCAUAUCUAUCUAUCUAUCUAUCUAUCUAUCUAUCUGUGUUCAUAUCUAUCUAUCUAUUUGCCUAUUCAUAUCUAUCUAUCUAUCUAUCUAUCUAUCUAUCUAUCUAUCUAUCUAUCUAUCUAUCUAUUUCAGAGGUAUUACUUUCGAAUCUAUCUAUCUAUCUAUCUAUCUAUCUAUCUAUCUAUCUAUCUAUCUAUCUAUUUCAAAAUAUCACGGGAAGAUUGUUGCUUUCUUUCUUCUACUUUCUCUCACUGUAUAUCCAGUCUUUCUUUCUUUCUUUCUUUCUUUCUUUCUUUCUUUCUUUCUUUCUUUCUUUCAUUUUCAGCCAUCCAUCUAUCUAUCUAUCUAUCUAUCUAUCUAUCUAUCUAUCUAUCUAUGUUAA